AUGAGCGAGCAGAAGGUGACCUACUCAGAACUGAAAUUUCACACUCCUACUCAACAGCAAAGCAGACAAAGAGCUGAAACCACCAAGGACAAAGAUUCUCCUUCUCCUCUGUGGAGGCUCUUUGCAGUAAUCUUUGGAAUCCUCUGCCUGGCUUUGCUGGUAACAUCACGGUUCUUGGGGGCUCUGGGUAACAGAUGGCAGCAAAACUUCAGCCAGCAACAGGGAAUUCUGGAAAAUCUUACCUGCCAGCAAAUUAUCUUGGAAAACCAAACUCGUGAGUUAGAGGAAAUCCUAGAAAAUCUCACAUGGGAGAGAGAUCAUCUUCAAACCCAGAAUAUUAACUUCUUGCAGUCAAAAGGAGACAAGUGCAUCAUUUGUCCAAAGAAAUGGAUACAGCAUGGGAAGGACUGUUAUGAAGUUUCAUCUGGUAUAAAAUCUUGGUCUGUGUGUAAAGAAUAUUGCUCUUCCCUGGGCUCCAGACUGCUGAAGAUAGACAACAAGGAAGAGCUGUCCCUCACAGUUAUCCCUUUUGUUGCUUCUAUGAACCUAUUGUAA